AUGACACCCCAAGAAAGCCCCCUAGGACCGCUCCUUCGCGCCGCAGGCGAGAAACUCAUCUCCGUCCUCGCACCCACCACCACACCCCUCGAGGGCAGAAAAGACGACGUACCCAGCGAGCCCAAACCCACUCCCCCCUCACCACCUUCAAGUCCCGACUCGUUCCUGCGAAAACCCGAGCCGAGACGGGGACAAGCACGACGGCAAUCUUCGCAUCACACCCCCAAGACGGCGAAACCAGCGUCCAAAGAAGAGAGAGCAGAAGUCUUCGCGGUUAUCCCGAACAAAAAGGGCGAGGUGCAAACAACACCUGCUCCAGGCCAGUUCCAAGAACAUCUCUGCUCAGAUUCCGAACACGAGGGUGUGGGUGUGAGUGUGAAGGCUGAGAAGCGGAAGAGUAGGACAGAGAUGGUUCUCGAUCUCGGGGAGCAGGCAUUGAAACAUAUGCAGAAAGCCAUGUACGACGAGCGAUUCGAGCAGUCCAGGACGAAGAGGGGAAGUACGCAAUUGGGGAUCAAGGCGUUGGAGGAUCUGCGGGAUGCGAUGGAUGGGGAGUAUUUUGUGUCGAAAGACAAGUAUCGCGAAGCAGAGCAGCUGGGGAAGAAUGUAGAGGUUGCAGUGGAAUAUGCGUCUGGAGAGAAAGUUCUUUGGGGAGAGAAGGGAAAGGGGUCGAAGAUUCGGGGUCCUGAUACACCUCGCUUAGGUCCCUUGAGUAAAGGACAUGAGAAGGAUGAGAACGACGUGGUGCAGGAUGAGCAUCUUGAUAAUCUUCUCAAAAACAUCCAAGAGUGGAAUGUAACGAAGGAAGAGUUCAUGAAGCGAGAAGAGAAAAAGAAGCAGGAUUCGCAAAAACAGAAAGUUGGUAAGGAGAACGACAACACCAAACAUAACUUGUUACCCUCGGCAACGCAUUCUACGUCCAAACACCACGAGCAUAAGCUGCACGAUUCGCAAAAACACGUUUUUACCAGCCAAUACGCCUAUCUCAAGAGUGAUCAGCUCCCGAACGAGGAAACCCUCUUCGCGACAGCAAUGUCUCGCCCACUACGGACCCCAGCCAAGGCCUCGCUUAGCCAGGGCUCCCAAAACGUCCCUCAAGAACACCAAAGACAUCGACUCAACAAGGGACCCGCAUCAGAUAUUAUCUCCGACGAAGAUAUCCAAAAACAACCCGUCCCGGGAAGUUUCCCUCAAGACGUCAUUCCCGGAAGCCGACAACGCAAUCGGGUCGUCUUGAAGCCCACAGAAGGAAGCGACGAAGCCAAAAACCUAGCAACCUUCGACCAAGAGCAAGCCUUCAGAAAACACCAACACGACCAACGACGAAAACAAAAAAAUCACAAGCAUAAACCCGCAACGAUCAAACCACUCGGACAUCGGGAGUUGGAUGAGAACGGCAUGAUUCCCUUGAUGGAUGGGCCGGUGAUUGUUUCGAGAAAGUUGGGGAAGGAUGGGAAGGUUAUGGUUGUUCCUGCUGUGAGUGGGGCUCGGCAAUCUGCAAGCUUUGAGACGGCUGAGCGUCAGGUCCUGUCGAUGUCAAAGGCGGAAGAUGGGAAGGGAAUGGGAGAGAACCUUGCCCCAAACAACUCCAAGGAUGAUUCGCAACUUGUGGGUGCUUCGCCUGAGCCAGUCAAAGAGAUCCCAUGGACUGCUGAAGGUCCUUUGGAACGAGUACGAUGACAUCUCGGCCCCAUGCAGUAUUACAGCUCUGACUCUGAGUAAGCACUCUCAUCCCGAUCCACAGAAGAAAAUACUAAUAAUAUAUGAAAGGCACUCGGAAGGAUCUCAACAUUAACCGACAAAAGAAAUGCCAUGCAGUGA